CGCUGCCUUCCUCGGUGGGCGCCAGUCGCCUCUGAGGCCUGACUGAGAGCCGACCGCGGGCGGCGGGCGUUGCUGCUGCCUGGGCGCCAGCGCGGGCUGGUGGGCCCCGCACCAUUCCUGCUCCUCACCCGCCGCGCCCUCGGACAUGGUGGCCCCCGGCUCUGUGACCAGCCGGCUGGGCGCGGUGUUCCCCUUCCUGCUGGUCCUGGUGGACCUGCAGUACGAAGGUGCUGAAUGUGGAGUAAAUGCAGAUGUUGAGAAACAUCUUGAAUUGGGCAAGAAAUUACUUGCAGCUGGACAGCUAGCUGAUGCUUUAUCUCAAUUUCAUGCCGCAGUAGAUGGUGAUCCUGAUAACUAUAUUGCAUACUAUCGAAGAGCUACAGUCUUUUUAGCUAUGGGAAAAUCGAAAGCAGCACUUCCUGAUUUAACUAAAGUGAUUGAAUUGAAGAUGGAUUUCACUGCAGCAAGAUUACAGAGAGGUCACUUAUUACUUAAACAAGGAAAACUUGAUGAAGCAGAAGAUGAUUUUAAAAAAGUGCUCAAAUCUAAUCCAAGUGAAAAUGAAGAAAAGGAAGCCCAGUCACAACUUCUCAAGUCUGAUGAAAUGCAACGUUUGCGUUCACAAGCACUCGAGGCUUUUGAAAGUGCAGAUUAUACUGCUGCUAUAACCUUCCUUGAUAAGAUUUUAGAGGUUUGUGUUUGGGAUGCAGAACUACGGGAACUUCGAGCUGAAUGUUUUAUAAAAGAAGGAGAACCUAGGAAAGCUAUAAGUGACUUAAAAGCCACAUCAAAACUGAAGAAUGACAAUACUGAAGCAUUUUAUAAAAUCAGCACACUGUACUACCAACUUGGAGACCAUGAAUUAUCCCUCAGUGAAGUUCGUGAAUGUCUAAAACUUGAUCAGGAUCAUAAAAGGUGUUUUGCACACUAUAAACAAGUAAAAAAACUUAAUAAGCUGAUUGAAUCAGCUGAAGAGCUCAUCAGAGAUGGCAGAUACACAGAUGCAAUCAGCAAAUAUGAAUCUGUCAUGAAAACAGAGCCCAGCAUUGCUGAAUACACAGUUCGUUCAAAAGAAAGGAUCUGUCACUGCUUUUCUAAGGAUGAGAAGCCUGUUGAAGCCAUUAGAGUAUGUUCUGAAGUUUUACAGAUAGAACCUGACAAUGUGAAUGCACUAAAAGAUCGAGCAGAGGCCUAUUUAAUAGAAGAAAUGUAUGAUGAAGCUAUUCAAGAUUAUGAAGCUGCUCAGGAACACAAUGAAAAUGAUCAGCAGAUUCGGGAAGGUCUAGAAAAAGCACAGAGACUAUUGAAACAGUCACAGAAACGAGAUUAUUAUAAAAUCUUGGGAGUAAAAAGAAAUGCCAAAAAGCAAGAAAUCAUUAAGGCAUAUAGAAAAUUAGCACUGCAGUGGCACCCAGAUAACUUCCAAAAUGAAGAAGAAAAGAAAAAGGCUGAGAAAAAGUUCAUUGACAUAGCAGCUGCUAAAGAAGUUCUCUCUGAUCCAGAAAUGAGGAAGAAGUUUGAUGAUGGAGAAGAUCCCCUAGAUGCAGAGAGCCAACAAGGAGGUGGUGGAAACCCUUUUCACAGAAGCUGGAACUCAUGGCAAGGGUUCAAUCCCUUCAGCUCAGGCGGACCAUUUAGAUUUAAAUUCCACUUCAAUUAAAUCAACUGUUUUUCUGCUCUUCCUUAAUUUUUUUUUUUAAAGAUUAAAAAAAAUCUUGUUCUGGGAUCCUAAUGAAAAAAAAUUUCAAAUCUUUGUCCAUGACCAAAGAGUUGUUUUAACAGGAAAAAAUCUGUUCUUAUCCACUGUAGACCUAAGGUUGAUGGAUCUGCAAGGGGGCGGGCAAGGAUGGUUCUAUCUCUGACAAGAGUCUGUAUUCAUUUUAUGAAUGUCUGGAAGAAGUAGUCUGAAGCAGCUCACCUGUGGAAGUGCUCACAUAUUCUGUGUUUUCAGCACUGGAACAUGUAGAUUCUUUUCUUCACAGCCUUGCAUAGUACCUCUGUGAAGGAGAUGUGAUCUUCAUGAGAAGGGGUUGUGUUUCAGUUCUUAAAGAGAAAAUGAACAGAUAAGCUUUAUUGUUCUUAGGAACAACUAUGCUUAGAUUUUUGGUCAGUUCAGUCACUUGCUAAUGUUAAAUUGCUAUGUCUCCUUUAAGGUACAUCUGAUUAUUCCUGUGCAAGCAUCAACACAGCUGUCACUGAGGAAGGGGCAGAGUCUUUUAGGAAAUUUGCCACCAAAUGGUAGUUGAUAUAUCCUGGUAUAGAAUGGAUUGAUGUUAAACAUUUUUUUGUUUAGUACCUACAGGAUACUGAAAAAAACCUUGAAUUUAACUCUAAGAACCUAUGGGCCCUUUUGCUUAACAUUAAACAGAACAAUUGGAACCUGUUUUACAUUUUAUAUUUAGUUAUAUGAUAAAGCAGUGGUAUUAUUUGACUCCUACUUUCAAGCAGUACCGUAGGGCAGUUUCUCUUACAUCUGGACUGACCCUCUGAGCAACUUCCCCAUGGGAGUUGUUUGCUGGUGUGUUGGACAGUAGUUCUGCCCUCACCAGCCAGGCCUGGGUGCCUCUUAGUUCUGCCCAAAAGAAAAUACAGGCUUGCAAAUUGGUUGGUUUUUGCUGGCUCUGCAUCCAUUAUCAUUUCACUUCACAACGUAGCAUCUUCUUCAGAGAUAGUUACCUUCUUCAAAAGGAAGGGAAGGUAAGAUAUUAUACUAUUCAGUCAUUGUAUACUGGAUAGUUUUUACCCUAAAAAAUGUUUCUAAGAACAGUGAAUAUUUAUGGAACUGCUAAUGCUGAAUUUAAAAUCUAAGAUUACUUUUUACCUUCAUUCUAGAAAGGUUUUUUGUUUUGCCUUGAAGCAUUUGAAACAUUUUAAGCAUUAAAAGUUCUAAUAUAUGGCUUCUGUGAAAUCAAGCAUUUUAGUUCCUGUAGGGCCAUCCUGACCACCCACAAAGGACUGCAACAACCAUGCACAAGUUGUUUUUCUCUAGUCACAUGGAAAAAAAAAAUGUUUUUAACUGAAGGACAUAAAUCACAUAACACUUAAGUGCUUUGUGCAUCUAUUUAGAAAUCUGUUUCUUACUGAUAAACUUAAAUAGUGCAUUUUGAAAACUAGUAAACAGCUUGCAGCUUUCAUUUAAUGUCUCAAAAUUCAAGGCAAUAUGAAAACAGUAAGUAAAUUCAUUUUGUUCUGUAAUCUUAGUAAUCUCAUUACUUCACUAGUUACGUUAGCAAUAUAUUUUUUUAAACUGGUUCCUUUUGUGGUUAUCACUCUUUGAAAUAAUGACGGCCUCUACUUACUUUCAAAAGUAAGAAUUUUCACACAGAUCAAGGGAAAUAGUAAAGUGACUCACCCUUGCAUUUGGGAGCAUAAAAAUUUGCCAGCGGGGACUCAGACGGUUGAGGGCUGGGCCUAGCUGCCUCUUAACUGGCUGCCCAAAGGGCUUUUGCAUUUCAUUUUUUUCUCCACUUGUAACAACUAAAAUUACUGUGGAUUUAGUUUAGUCAACUUAAUCAAAUUGUGCAGUUACUUGCUGGUUUUCAGUGAAGAGAACAACAGAGCUUUGGUGCCAAGUGUCAGUGCCACAUAAGGAAACAAGUUCUCUGGGAUCACUUGUGCUGAUGAAGGAGGGAGGAAAGGGCUUCAGGUGUCAGCCUGGAUGGUUGUCAGUAGUCUUCUGGUGUCCAGUCAAAUAGAAAUACAGUCACUGUGUGUUCUCAAACAGUGGCUGAGAAAAACCCUGGAUGUGUAAAGGUACAAAGAAGCUGUUAUUCCACUGCUUAUAUGCAGUGUGAAAACAUAUCCCUGUAAAAAACAUUUUUCUUUUUCUGUGGGAUGACUUUCACAUUCCAGUCUCUUUAUGGACUGCAGAUGCUGCAGGUAACCUUUGUGAAUGUUCUGGAAAGAACAGUAUCAGAGAGGGGCAUGUUGUUGUCUUCUGUUCUCAACUCCUCCCUUCCCUUUUGGUGGGCUACUGAAGCGUCACUGGUCUGGACUAUUAUUACACUGCAGACACUUUCUGUAGCAGGAAUUAAAACAUUUCAGCCUAGUUAUGUUUUAAAAUGUUCUAAAAAGGGAGACAGCAUUUAAAUCAUUCCUUAGUUCUGAAAGUUUUCUUACCAUGAAUAGAUGAAAAAUUGAAAACAAUUCCAGUAGUUUAAUAAUAUGAAUCGGAUGUGAUGAUUAAUUUUAACAUGUCUUUCUCAUUAGUCAGUGUUAAAAGUAUAUUUUAGUUAAAUAUCAGUAUGAAAAUAAGUUGUGGGAGCUCUGAUAAUGGAAUCUAAAAACUACCCAUGAUUUUUUUUAAGAAAAAAAAGUUGAUAACUAAUAAUGACAAGUUUCACCUUUAAAGGCAUGAAAUUGGCCAGAAGUUAUAUUUCACACUUACCAGGAAGAAAGUGCAAGUUCAAAAUUAUUCUUCUGGUCUGUGUUGGAACCACCUGCAUUACAUACACAGGGCACUGGUGAUGGUCCUUGCAAAAUGUUUUCACUAACUACACAUCAAUAGGAUAACCUGUUGAGAAUAUGUAGUUGAUUUUUCCAUAUUUAUAAAGAGAGAAGAAAGCAAAUGCUAAUUUGUUAGUAACAACCAGUAUCCUUAUUUUAGAUCAGAUCAUUCUUUUUCUGUUAGAGGCAGAAUUUUUUCUGUAAUUUCAAAUGAUGUUAAGAGGUGGGAUGACUUUUUUUUAAAACAGAUGAUCUCAUUUGCUGAAUGAUUCAAGAGUAAAAUUAGCCACUGCGUGGCUUUGUGUAUAGUAACAGGUUUUGUUUUACUCAUCUGUGGAUGAAACACUUACCUGCAGAAAGAAGCAGAGCACAGGGGAGAUGAAAAUUGGAGAUGUUAGAGAAGUUAAGCUAUUACUCUAACCCUAAGGUUGUUUGUUUUGAAUAAGAGAAAAGACUAACUUAAUCCAUCUUGAUUUAGUGUUUUAAUAAAAAAGGAACCUAAAAUUAUUUGAAAUGGAUCUCAGACAUGCCUACAAAUAUGGGUACUAUUUUUAUGCCCGUGUAUUUUCACAUUUAAUAAAAAUAUUUAUGGUCAUAUUA